AUGGAGACUCUGGGGUUUAGGUCGCAGCCGGAGUCGGCGACCUCGUUGGGGACCUUGGGGUACAUAAGCUGGGAGGAGGUGUACGUGUCGAGCGAUAAAGGGAGGAGAGAAGUGCGGUAUUACCUGAAGAGAAACGACGGUGGAAAAGAUCUUGCAAUUGUAGGGAAAGAGAAGAGCUUGCGGCACAUGUCUUAUUAUUUUGCAAUUAGGAACCGGUCGAAGUUUUUUUCUAUGGCACCCUCUCUGAAGCCCAAGUCAAGAAGAGAGGUUAUUGAUUGGCUCGAUUCAAUUGUUUCAGGUACUGGUUAUUACAAGCCUGUAGAUACCCUAUUUAGGGUUGUUGUCAAUGAUGUCCGAUGUUCACUUCCACAUGAAUCAUUCUUCCAAGCAGGCUCCUUAGAUACCAGUGAUGUUUCUCAGUUGGAUUUGGAAAUCUUUAAGGAUAUUCGGUCACAGAAGCUGGGGUAUUAUUCUUCAGAAUUUUUGUGGUUAGGUUCUCCCUGGACUUGCAGGAAGAAAAGAAAGCAUUACGAGUCUUUUUGUCGGAACGGUGUCAAAAUUUCGGUUCAUGACUUUGUUUAUGUCUUAGCUGAGGAGGAUAAACGACUCAUUGCUUACCUGGAAGACCUGUACGAGGACUCGAAAGGGAACAAAAUGGUUAUGGUACGAUGGUUUCACAAAAUUGAUGAGGUUGGUAUUGUUUUGCCUCACAAUUUUAAUGACAGAGAGAUUUUCUUUUCUCUUUGUCUUCAAGAUCUCAGUAUUGAAUGCAUAGAUGGAUUGGCAACUGUCCUGAGUCCUCAGCAUUUUAAGAAGUUCCUAAAUGAGAACAUAUAUACUAGGUUCAGUCCUUUUGUUUGCCACAGGCAGUUUGACAGUGAAGAUGUAAAGCACUUUGACAUCACUGAAGUUGAAGGUUACUGGAGACAGGAAAUUCUCAGGUAUUUGACUGUUCCUCCUUCAAAGCAAGUGGUGAAUUUUCAGCAUCCAGUCAAUGUCUUGAGAGGGGAAGGAAAUGAUGAUGAUACUAGUAGGAUGAGAUCUAAGAAGAGGCUUCGCCGAUUGAAAGCCAAUGACGAUGUUUGCACUGUCAAAAAAGAAUCAAUGACUGGAAGCUUUAUAAACAUAAAAAACUUUCAUAACGGUCAGAUUAAUGCCAAAACUGGAAAUGAGGUAUGCAGUCUAAGGGGAGAAGAGGAUACUGCCUUAUUGUACACAAUGGAGGAUGUGCAAAAUCUAAAUGUCGGUUCUGAAGUUGAAGUGCUUUCUCAAGAUAGUGGGAUUAGAGGUUGUUGGUUUAGGGCUUUGAUAAUUAAGAAGCACAAAAAUAAGGUGAAGGUGAGAUAUCAAGAUAUUACUGAUGCAGGUGAUGAAGCAAAGAAACUGGAGGAAUGGGUUUUGGCCUUCAGGGUUGCUGCUCCUGACCAAUUGGCUAUCCGGAUUGGUGGAAGGGCUGUUGUUCGCCCGACCCCGUGCUUCAAUAAAGGCCAAGCAGCAUUAGUUGCUGACAUUGGCACUGCUGUAGACGCUUGGUGGAACGAUGCUUGGUGGGAAGGCAUUGUUGUCCAAAAAGAAUCUGAAGAUAGAAUUCAUGUUUUUUUCCCAGGAGAAAAGAAGGAAUUGGUUUUCUGCAGUUCUGACUUAAGACUUUCCCAAGAAUGGUUGGGAAAUAGGUGGACACCUAUCAAGGAAAGACCAGACAUUCUGUUCCAUUUAUCAUCUUGCUUGGAAAGAAAGCAAGUAAAGUUCAGAUCUGAUGAGAGCAAAUUGGCCCAAAUUAUUGUUCCUGAUUCCAAGCAAUCAGGAAAAGCCAACCCUGGAUAUAGUGAUUAUUCAUUGGACUCUGGACGUGAUAUGAAAAAAGAAUCGAAGUUGGUUCCAGAUCUUUCGAAGGAUAAUUUGCUAGCCCAGUUGAGGUGGAGCUCAAUAAAGAAGAGAAGACGUAUUAGUGGAUGUUCUGGCCAUAAGAUGCAUCACAACAAUAAUGGGGGUCGAAGAUUAUCAGAAGUCAUCGGAUCCAAUGCAGGUGAAAGAUUUCUUAUUCCAACUGCCCUAAAUGUCGAUCACGAGAACUGCAAGUACAUGGAGGAUUCUCUAUUUGCUUCUACUGUUUUGCAGCCUCUAACAAGCUUGGUUAUGUCUAGAUGA